CGCUGGAAAAGGAAAUUGGAUAUCAGCCUCAACAGCUAGUAUCCAAUCCAAGUGUUGCGCGCGUGGGGCGUCACUCGCAACUUAAGUACAAUCCUGAUUGGUAGCGCAGAGAUGUCAUGACGUUCUGUUAUGCUAACGGGUGGUUGCGCCGCCUUGGUACCGCACACCGGGAUCCUAGACGUCCGUCUCGCGAGCCGCACGCGAAGCCAUAGACGCGUUGUGCAUGCCUAUCGCAUCCAUCAAAUAACACGCGCUCUCUAUUACAACGAUGCACAUACGUCGCUCAUGCAUCGCCAACGAUGGUGGACUACCAAAACGCUCCCUCAAUAACUCGCCAUAGCUCUGACACCAUGGAGGGGACAACAGAAAGACCGUUGGCUGCGAUCGACAUACCAGACAAGAUCGACGCAGAAAAGGCUGCUGCUGUUGACGGCAAAGAAUCAAACAGGGACUCAGAGGAAAAAGAGACAGAAGAAGAGAAAGAGGGAAGUCUGAAAGACUACUUCCGCAUCUUCACAUAUGCCAGUACUGCGGAUCGCGUACUUUAUUCUCUUGGACUCACCGGUGCUGUCGUUGUCGGUGCUGCCCUCCCUUUGAUGACUCUUGUCUUUGGCCAAUCGACAGCAGAAUUCAAUCAACAGGCAACUGGUCAGGACAGUUCUACUUUUACUAGCAACAUCAACACCUUGGUGCUCUACUUUGUAUACAUAUUUGUUGCCCGUUUCGUUAUUGGCUACCUAGGUACUCUGUGCAUAUGCAUCGCCGCAGCCAGGACGACAUGCGCUUUGCGGGAAGACUUCCUGGACAAGUUGCUCCGUCAAGACGUAGCGCAUUUCGACAAGGGCGGCAGUGGAUCUGCCGCAACUCAGGUGACUACAAAUGGCAACAGGAUUAAUCAAGGCAUAGCGGAAAAGCUGUUUACCUGCGUCCAAGGCAUCUCACUCUUUUUCUCUGGUUUCAUCGUAGCACUUGCUGUUCAAUGGAAGCUCGCUCUGAUCGUGAUGAGCAUAAUACCUGCCAUCUUCUUGAUCACUGGGGUAUGCAUAGGCCUAGAUGCGCCUAUCGAAGCUAGAGUGACCAAAAUCUACUCACAAGCUGGUACUCUGGCGCAGGACGCGAUCAGCUCGAUCCGAACUAUCCACGCCUUCGGAGCCCAUCAGAAGAUUAUCGACGGUUACGAGACUUACCUGCAAAAGGCGCACAAGGAAGGUAACAAAAAAUCCGUCAUCUACGGUGUACUCUUCUCCGGUCAAACCUUCCUGGUCAUGUCGGGUACUUCGCUGGCCUUCUGGCAAGGGUUUCGCAUGUUUCAAAGUGGGGAGAUUGGUGAUGUGGGCACAGUGUUCACCGUCGUCCUGAGUGUUGUGCUCGGUGCUACUGCAACAUUACUCAUCUUCCCCCAAUUCCAGGCCUUUACCAACGCUUCCUCAGCGGCGGGCGAAUUAUUCCUUAUCAUCGACAGUCCUUCAUCCCUUGAUCCUCUCUCGACCGAAGGCAUGCAGCCACCCAGCUGUAACGGAGAAAUCAUUGUCAACGAUUUGCGUUUUGUGUACCCUACCCGACCAAGCGCCCAAGUUCUGCGGGGUCUCAGCCUCUCGAUUCCCGCUGGAAAAACAACGGCUUUGGUUGGACCCAGUGGGUGCGGCAAAUCGACCCUAGUCGGUCUACUUGAGCGGUGGUACAAGCCUACUUCUGGCCAGAUCUUGCUUGAUGGUCGAGAUAUUUCCGAAUACAACACAAAGUGGUUGCGGUCCAAUAUCCGCCUCAUUCAGCAGGAGCCGACCUUGUUUCAAGGCACAAUCUUCGAAAACAUCGUCAAAGGCCUGAUAGGAGACCAAAAAGAUCUACCAGCGGAAAAGCAGAUGGAGCUCGUACAAGAAGCGUGUAAGAACAGCAAUGCACAUGACUUCAUCGAAGCGCUACCGCAAGGCUACCAUACCCAAGUCGGAGAGCGAGCAAGCAUGCUCAGCGGCGGUCAACGACAGCGUAUUGCUAUUGCUCGAAGUAUUAUUUCCAAUCCAAGAAUCCUCUUGUUUGACGAAGCAACCAGUGCCUUGGACCCUCGCGCUGAAAAGGUUGUGCAGAGCGCACUCAAUCGCGUUUCGAUCAACAAGACCACGUUGAUUAUUGCUCACAAGCUUGCCACUGUGAUGGCGGCAGAUAAUAUUGUCGUCAUGAAAGAUGGUCAAAUCUACGAGCAGGGCACACACCAUGAACUCAUCGAAAGCGAUGGUCUCUAUGCGGCAAUGGUACGCGCGCAAGAUCUUGGUACAAAGGCAAACGACGAGGAUAUUCAAAGAGAACUGCUAGACACAGAGAAGGUGGAAGAUAGCCUGGACCGCAAAGCUGCCUUGCAACGAACACAAUCGCAUUACAACACGACAGAACUUGAGCGCGAAGUCGAGCACCUUGCUGCUGGAACCCUGGGCUACUCUCUUACCAAAUGCAUCUGGAUCAUGCUGAAAGAGAAUUUCGAUCUCUACUACUGGUACGCCGCCACGAUCCUUGGUGGAAUCAUCGGCGGUGGUACGUACCCAGCGCAAGCUAUCAUCUUCUCCCGUCUCGUCCGAGUCUUCACACUGCAAGGGUCUGAAGCACAAGAGCAAGCCAACUUUUGGGCGCUCAUGUUUUUCGUGCUAGCUCUUGCCAAUCUCUUCGCAUAUUUCGCAAUUGGCCUUGCAUGCAACAGUAUUGGACAGACUUUAACUCACAGAUAUCGCAAAGAAAUGAUUGAGCGCGUCAUCAGCUUCGAUCAGGAAUUCUUUGACCGUCCGGAAAACUCGUCCGGCGCAUUGACCUCAAAGUUGUCGUCUGCGCCUACAGCGCUACAAGAAUUGAUGUCUGCGAAUUUAGGGCUCAUGUUCAAUAUUCUGGUCAACAUUACAGCAAGCAGUGCGCUAGGUAUAGCUUAUGGCUGGAAGCUGGGGCUCACCCUGGUGUUCGGUGGACUGACCAUCAUUGUGGCUGCCGGCUACUAUCGCAUACGAAUAGAUCAAAAGCUUGAGGCUGCUACAGAAGAACAAUUCUCAGGCAGUGCCGGACUGGCGACAGAGGCUGUCACAUCCAUUCGAACGGUCAGCAUGCUGACUCUCGAGACCUCGAUCAUGCGCCAAUACAGCGAUACACUCCAGGCUAUCACAAGAAAGGUCAUUAGGAGCCUGACAUUCGCGCUCCUCCCGUACGCGCUUUCUCAAUCUGCCGACUUCCUAGUCAUGGCUCUAGGCUUCUGGUACGGAUCACGGCUGAUCGCGAGCGGCGAGUACAACACCUCGCAAUUCUUUGUGAUCUUCAUAGCCAUUGUCUUUGGUGGACAGGGUGUAGCGCAAUUCUUCAUGUACAGCACCUCCAUCACGAAGGCGGAAGGGGCCGCGAAUUACAUCUUGUGGCUCCGGACUGUUAAGCCUAACAUCCGCGAGUCAGACGAAACUGACGGCAAAGGGCCAUCGUCGGACGGAGCCAUUGCCAUGGAAGACGUUGAGUUCAGAUACAAGCAACGCGACGCAUCCAGGGUAUUAAGGGGCAUCUCGAUGAGGAUUAAGCCUGGCUCGUUUGCCGCCUUCGUUGGCCCCUCAGGUUGUGGCAAAAGUACGGUUGUUUCUUUACUGCUUCGAUUCUACGACCCGAUAUCUGGACGUAUCACGUUAGACGACCAAGACAUAUCACUCAUGUCUCCCCAGCUUUAUCGGCGAUACAUGUCGCUUGUCCAACAGGAGCCACCACUUUACCUGGGUUCAGUACGCGACAAUAUCGCCCUUGGUCUUCAGCAUGAACCUUCUGAUGCAGAAAUCCAGGAAGCCUGUCGUCAAGCUAAUGUUCUGGAGUUUGUCGCUUCACUGCCUGAAGGUCUCCAAACCCCUUGUGGGUCCAAGGGCCUGCAAUUUUCCGGUGGGCAAAGGCAGCGUAUCGCAAUUGCUAGAGCCCUGAUUCGCCAGCCACGGUUGUUGUUGUUGGAUGAAGCAACGUCAGCACUGGACACUCAGAGCGAAAGAGUCGUUCAGAAGGCACUGGACGAGGCUGCGAUGACAAGGACAACCAUUGCUGUUGCGCAUCGGCUAAGCACGAUCCGGCACGCAGAUAUCAUCUUCGUCAUGGAAGAUGGCACGAUCGCUGAGAUGGGUACCCACGAGGAGUUGCAAAGAUUGAGAGGCAGGUAUUUCGCUACAUGUUUGGCGCAGUCGCUUGAUCAGGCAUGAUUUUCUGCGGGAAACGUGAGAAUUUCAGAAGAUAGAUCUAAUGUGUUGGGCGAAGGUAUGGAAUUAGGUAUACUAGUCUCUACUCAGUCAAUUCGUCGUCAAAACCUGCAAAUCGAAAGGUUCUACCCAUCAA